GGGUUGAGUUAGCCCUUCCUUCUGCAUCCAGGAUCUCUCCAAGUAACGGCUUUGCAUCAUGGAAAAGGGGUGGCGGCGUGGGCUGGGGCGCCCGCUGCAGUAGGGCACAGCAGGGGCCCUCUCUCCUCCUCUCAUUGGGCUCCUCACUGCUCUGCAAGGAGCAGGGAGCAAGCGGACGAAGGAAGCAAGCGGACGAAGGCAUCCGCAGGAGUGAAGGAUGAGUCAGGGCCGCCGGGGGCAGCCAAACUGCAGAGCGACCGAGCCACACGCGCCUUGCGCGCUCUCCCCUGGCUGCAGCUGUCGCCUCGGAAGCGCUGGACUCUGGGCCGCGGCUCUCAAAGCGGACCGAGGAGCCCAGCACAGGCGCUGCGGGGGAGCGGGGCGGCGCCGGCGAGGCCAGUUCCCGGGGGAGCCCGAGGAGCCUCUUGCCCUGCCCUCCUCCCGGGGAAGGAGACUCGGCGGAGCCUGGGUAGGCUGUGCCUGCAGCUGGCGCGGGGACGCGGCUGGGCUGGAGCUCUCUCGCGGGUGCCAGGGGAGCCGGGCUGAGCAGCGACCCGGGGCUCUACCUCUCCCACGGCCUCAGGGGAGGCAGGCGCAAGUCCCAGCCACCCUUCCUGGACAAGAGAAAUCAACUCUGUGAGGGAAACUUAGAUCUGUCUUUUACAUCCAACUCCUGCAGCUGCGCCAGACUUGCAGAGCGCCUUAGGGGUCCAUUUUUCGCCUGGCUGGUGUUUGAGAAAAACUGCAAGGAAAGGGGGGCAAGAGGAAGAAACACUGUAAACUUUGGGGACGGGAACAUUUUCUUGGAGGUGACAAGUACCCUCAAAUCUACAGUUCCUGGGUCAGAGACAAAGUCCUCUGAUUAGACACUCUGAGGUCUGGACACUGCUACACAACCAAAGACCCCAAAAGACCAUGGAAUCCACGCUGGCAGCAUCCGGUUCUGCCCCAGGCCCAGUCACCUUCUCCCACGUCUUUGGUCAGCAGUGCCAGCUCAUGGAAGCAGCUGUGCAAUCCUUGCACACCCUAAAUGACCAGAUUUCCCAUUUUAUUGUCACCAAGUCGAAGGCACUGGAGGAAGACAAAGACCCCUUUCUACCCACUGAGAAAGAGACUCUGAAGAGCUCCAUGAUUUUGAUGAGGCACCUUUUAAUGGAUGCUCAGGCCAAAAUCCUGAGCAUGAUGGAAGACAAUAAGCAGCUCGCGCUCCGCAUCGAUGGGGCGGUCCAGUCGGCCAGCCAGGAGGUGACCAACCUGCGAGCCGAACUCACGGCCACCAACCGGAGACUGGUGGAACUGAGCGGCGGCGGCCCCGGCCCGGCCCCGGGAGCCGCGGCCAGCGCCUCGGUGGCGGCGGCGGCGGAGAACAUGGAGAACCAGCAGCAGCCCAGCGCGCAAGUGCUCCUGCGAGAAGAGGUGUCCCGGCUCCAGGAGGAAGUGCACCUUCUCCGGCAGAUGAAGGAGAUGCUGGCCAAGGACCUGGAGGAGUCUCAGGGCGGCAAGGCCUCCGAGGUCCUCUCAGCCACCGAACUCAGGGUGCAGCUGGCGCAGAAGGAGCAGGAGCUGGCCAGAGCCAAAGAGGCCUUGCAGGCCAUGAAGGCCGACCGGAAGCGCUUAAAGGGAGAGAAGACAGACCUGGUGAGCCAGAUGCAGCAGCUGUACGCCACGCUGGAGAGCCGUGAGGAGCAGCUGCGGGACUUCAUCCGCAGCUACGAGCAGCACCGCAAGGAGAGCGAGGAUGCCGUCAAGGCCCUGGCCAAGGAGAAGGACCUGCUGGAGCGGGAGAAGUGGGAGCUGCGGCGCCAGGCCAAGGAGGCCACGGACCAUGCGGCAGCCCUGCGCUCCCAGCUGGAUCUCAAGGACAACCGCAUGAAGGAACUGGAGGCCGAGCUGGCCAUGGCCAAGCAGUCCUUAGCCACGCUGACCAAGGACGUCCCCAAGCGGCAUUCACUUGCUAUGCCAGGCGAGACGGUGCUCAACGGCAACCAGGAGUGGGUGGUGCAGGCGGACCUCCCGCUGACUGCAGCCAUCCGGCAGAGUCAACAGACUCUCUACCACUCCCACCCUCCCCACCCUGCAGACCGGCAAGCCGUCAGGGUGAGCCCCUGCCACUCCCGGCAGCCCUCCGUCAUCUCCGAUGCAUCUGUGGCUGAAGGCGACCGGUCAUCCACACCAAGCGACAUCAACUCCCCGAGACACCGGACGCACUCCCUCUGCAACGGCGACAGUCCCGGCCCGGUUCAGAAGAACCUGCACAACCCUAUUGUACAGUCACUAGAGGAUCUUGAAGACCAAAAACGGAAAAAGAAGAAAGAGAAGAUGGGAUUCGGCUCCAUCUCCCGCGUCUUCGCCAGGGGGAAGCAGCGGAAGUCCCUCGACCCCGGCCUCUUUGAUGACUCAGACAGCCAGUGCAGCCCCACAAGGCACAGCCUUGGCCUGUCAGAGGGCGAGGAGCAGCUGGACCGGCUGCAGCAUGUGGAGCUGGUCAGGACCACACCCAUGUCCCACUGGAAGGCCAGCACCGUCCAGGCCUGGCUGGAGGUGGUCAUGGCCAUGCCCAUGUACGUCAAGGCCUGUGCAGAGAACGUGAAGAGCGGGAAGGUGCUGCUGAGCCUGAGCGACGAGGACCUGGAGCUGGGCCUGGGUGUGUGCAGUUCCCUGCACCGGCGCAAGCUCCGCCUGGCCAUCGAGGACUACCGAGAUGCUGAGGCAGGCAGGAGCCUGUGCAAAGCUGCCGAGCUGGACCAUCACUGGGUGGCUAAGGCCUGGCUGAACGACCUCGGCCUGUCACAGUACUCCCAGGCCUUCCACAACCACCUGGUGGACGGGCGGAUGCUGAACUCCCUGAUGAAGCGGGACCUAGAGAAGCACCUGAAUGUGUCCAAGAAGUUCCACCAGGUCAGCAUCCUGCUGGGCAUCGAGCUGCUCUACCAAGUCAACUUCAGCAGGGAGGCCCUCCAGGAGCGCCGGGCACGCUGCGAGAUGCAGAACACGGACCCCGUGGUCUGGACCAACCAGCGGGUGCUCAAGUGGGUGCGCGACAUCGACCUGAAGGAGUACGCAGACAACCUAACCAACAGCGGCGUGCACGGUGCUGUGCUGGUGCUGGAGCCCACGUUCAACGCAGAGGCCAUGGCAGCCGCCCUGGGUAUCCCCAGCGGGAAGCACAUCCUGCGCAGGCACUUGGCGGAGGAGAUGAGCGCCGUCUUCCACCCGGCCAGCUCCACAGGCACCCGGGAGGCCGAGCGCUUUGGGACCCCUUCCCGAAGGGCCUCCAGUGUCACCCGGGCAGGCAAGGAGGAGAACAGCGGGGGCCUCAAGUACAAGGCUGGCCGGCUGCCCCUGGGGAAGAUAGGACGGGGUUUCAGCAGCAAAGACCUUGAUUUCCAUGACGACUAUGGCUCACUUCAGAACGAGGACUGCGGAGAUGAUGACCCCCAGACCAGGCCAGAGCAGGGCUGCCUGGAAGGCUGCAACGGCCUGGAGGUCACCAAUGUGUAAGGGACCCAACACAGAGAGGCCGAGGAACAGCAGCCCAGUGGCCCCAAGCCGGCCCCAUGUCCAGGCAACCUCAGGCUGAGGCUGGGCCUGCUGGGACGGAGACAGGCGAGGCAGUGUCUCGGGGUGUGUGGUCCCUCCUGGGGUGUCAUGCAGCUGCCAAGAUGGAAAGGGGUCCACAGGUCCCCAGGGCCCCUUGCUAGGGCAGCAGCGGGACUCUGAGCAGCCCAGCGGCCAGCACAUGGACAGCACCUGCACGGGGGCAGCAGGCGGCAGGAAGAGACAUCUGCAAUGGCACCUUGCUGCAGCCUCCUGGAACUGGGGUCUGACUAGGGUCACCAACUCGCUGUGAGGUGAAGCUGGCGGGCUGAUCAUCUGUGUCUCAGGGGGACAGAUAUGUUGAGGAGCUGUUUGUCAUUGUCCCCAAGGGGCAAGUGAUGGAUGGGCAGGUGGGGCGUGGCAGCAACAUUCCCCACCUCCUGUCACUGUGACAAAGGAGCCAGGCCACCAAGUUCAGCCAGUGACAACUGCCCCGGUGUGGGGUGAGCUUGGCAUCCAGGACAAGAAAGGCUCGCCAUUGCUGACAGCCCCUUGCUGUGGUAUCCCUGUCACCCUGAGGUACAGGUCCCACGGGGUAGGUCUCGGGGUGGUGUGGCAAGAACCUGCAGCCCUUUUCUUGCCCGCCACUGUUCUGCUGUUUGCUUCUCUCCUGUGGCCUCACAUCUCUGUGCCUCACUCUCCUGGAGCCACCGUGAGGAUUAACACGUGCUAACAUCUGUAACCUACUUCUCUUCUUGGGGGCAGUGGGGCAUUUGGGGCGCGGUGGGGUGUGGGACACUUCCCCUCACAGCAGAGAACCAGCCCUGCCCUGGUGUCUCCAGUUCUGCAAAGGGAGGAGGAAGGAGUGGCAUCCAGAUUGCCGAGCCCCGGCUUGGCCCCACAUGAGAUGGGAUUCUCAUGAGUGCAGCCCUAAGGACCAGGGACCCAGUGUGCAGGCCUGAGCUGGCUGGCCGCCCAUCUGUCAAGUGACAAUCAGGACAGGACACACAGUCUGCACACACUGGUCCCGGGCAGGUCCUUGGCCAGAGCCAAGACGCUCCACUUCCUCUGAGGCUAUCUGCCCCGGACCUGAAGGAAGACUGCAGAGAGUCUGUCUCUCCCCUACGAGGAGAGGAGCCCUGGUUACCUUGACCCGUGACCUUAACCUGUGACCUCGACCCCUACCAGAGACCAUUGGCAGCUCCUCGGUGACCUUCAUGAAGCACAGGUUUUCCACUACCUGAAAUCAAGUGCCCAGCUGGUAGGCAGGGUGCCGGGACCAGGGUGAUUCCCGUACGUGACCUGGCUCUGCAGAGGCUCCAAGUUCCGGGGGCGGGUCUGAUAUCCUGUGGUACACGGCUUUCUGAAGCUCCAAGGCUUGCAGCCCGGAGAGGACAGAGAAUUCUUUCUCACCGGGUGCCACUGUCACUCCUACGCCACCCAGUGGGUGACCUGGGACCCAGGAGCCUGGCUUGGAAGCGGUGACACCUGCAGGGUUGGCCAGGAAGGAAGAAAGGAGGCUGAAUGCAGAGUUGAGGCUUUGAAAGCAACAUUCACCCACACUGCUGGGGACGACGCUGGCAUCUGUCCAGGACAAGACCCUGCUGGGUGCAAGACAGGCAAGCGGACCACGCACCACUGGGUCAAUGGCAUCGCCCACAACACUUGUAGCAGGUGGCCAGCAGGCCUGGGGCAACACCAGUGACCUCAAAUGCAUCUGGGGACCCAGCGAUGGUGGCGAGGCACCCUCAAGGAAAAGGGCUGCCAUCCCUGGCAACCAGCAAGGGUCUGGAGUUCAGCACGACCACGAGGACAGGCUGUGUAGUAAAGGAAUCGGGGGUGAGCUUGGUUAACCCUACCUCUCUGCUCCACAGUGGGCAGGGGGAGCCGGGGCUGGAGACUCAGCAGACACUCGAGGUAGCUGGUCAGCAAAGACUGGCAGAGCAGUGACACAGGACGGCGACCUGCCACGUCCCAUCCACACUGAAGUAGUCACAAGGCCUCCAAACCUGGGAUCCUGCAGAUGAGCUGCUCUGGAAGCUGCUGUGCUAUGCCCUGGAAGGGGAGCCAGGGCAGGGAGGGAACCCCACAGUGCUGCUGGAAACAGGGGCCAGAGCACCACAAGCCACCCUCCUGGGGGGCUCUGCGCUUUCUGACCUGAUGUUGCAGAACAGCCCUUUGUCCAGGGCCCUCCCCCACACACCUGUCAGCACGGGUGCAUCAGACCAGGCUGUAGAGCUGCCAUGGAACCAUGAGUGCAGGGGGCUGGAGGGGCCUCGAACAGGGUCAGCUCACCCAGCAGGGCUGGAUCUUGGCAGACACAACUUCAGCACACGCUACAGUGGCCCCAGAGUCCUCCCCAGCCCAGGCCCCUUCCCAAGAAGCCAGUGUGUGCUCUGGUCCAUCACUUCUGAGUGUCAGGCUCCAGCAGGGUCUUCCCCAGGAGUGGCAAGAGACAGGAACCCCGGAGAUGGAGACUUCUGGACCUAGCACUACUACCCUCAGUCAGCCCGUGAGGCAACUCUGCGGCUGCGCAGGAAGUGAGCUGUCUGAACAGAGAUGAGGUUGGCAGCUGUGGCCCCAAAAGUCUCCCCCAAGGGAAUGUUAACACUGUAACAAUAAACACUACUGGUG